AUGGAGUACCGCUUUGGUAAACUUGCAAAUGGCCAAUAUGUUGAUGGGCAUGAACGCGACGAUGUUGUAGAGUACCGACAGCACUCGUACUUGCCGCGUCUAUGGGAGCUUGAGAGUGGCCUCCGUCAGUAUGAUUCGGCUACUGGACGAGAGGUCAGCCCCGAUGGGACGGGGAGCUCAAUACCUUGGCCUCCUCGCCGUGUCGUCUUGUGGUUCCACGACGAGUCGACGUUCUACGCCAAUGAUCGUCGCUGGGUCGGAUGGGCAGGUCCUGAUGCGAAGGCGACACCGCGCGCGAAGGGCGAGGGUCAAUCUCUGAUGGUUUCAGAUUUUUUCUCGCCCGACUACGGUUGGCUUCGGCGGCGAACCACAUAUCCAGGCGAUGAGCGGAAGCAAGACGCGCGAGUGCUGUUCAAGGCAGGCAAAAACCGUGACGGGUGGUUCACGAACGUCACAUUUGUCGCGCAGUUGGAGGAUGCGAUGACGAUCCUCGCUGAGGAUUACCCCUUCGAAAAGCAUGUCUUUAUCGUUGACAACGCAACCAUCCACGCGAAACGGUCCGAGACUGCACCCUCUGCGCGCAAUAUGACGAAGAAACCGAGCAGGAACGUGCUUGCCAAUGUGACGGCGAUCGGCGAGGACGGGUUGCCGCUUCUGGAUUCAAACGGAAAGGCCAUCAAACGAAAGGCGAAAAUGUCCGACGCGCGCCUCCAUGACGGGACACCACAGCCACUCUACUUCCCCGACGACGCUUCCAUAUGUCCCAAAGGAUACUGCAAAAAGGCCGGUCAGUUCAAGGGAAUGACACGUAUUCUUGAGGAGCGAGGGUACACACACGCCGGCAAGCUUCGCCACCAAUGCGACAAUUUCAAGUGCCCGGAGAGCUUUGAUCGUUCUAACCCUUGCUGUCAGCGACGUCUCAUGUACAACGAGCCCGACUUUGUUGAGGUGGAAUCCCUCGCAGAGGCACGGGCGAGUGCUCGCGGUUUCGAGCUAUUAUUCUUACCCAAGUUUCAUUGCGAGUUAAACCCGAUUGAGCAGUGUUGGUGCAUGGCGAAGGAGUGGUAUCGCAGGCAGCCGCCGAGCGAUAAGGAGGCCGAUCUGGAGCGGAACGUUCUCGAGUCUCUCGUGCGCAUCCCACUCGAGUCUAUGCGAAGAUUCUUCAACCGAAGCUGGCGUUUUGGAUGUGCGUAUAAGGUUUUGAGUGCGCCCUUCCUUACCAACUCUGGGGAUAUCGUUGCGAUUGAGCUUCCCAAGUUCUCUUUGAAGCGUGCAAAUCAGUUACUGUCCGUUUGGUCCUCCAAUCUCCAAAGUUGCGGCGUUCGUGAGCGCAGCACGAAUCGCGCCGCCUUACCGCCGUCCAAGUCCAAAGGCGUUCGAAUACUCUUCGAGCGUGUCUUGAAGUACCUCUGGGAUGAUGUCGUAUGGCCAAUCCUACAAGCCAUUGAUGUGACCAGCCCAAGUGUCGACACCGAUUGUCUCCCGCACAUCACUUGGUGUGUGACGGGGCCUCUCGCUCAACUGCCCUUGCACGCCGCGGGGAACUAUUCAAGUGAUGCAGGACCGCGCAUCUACAACUACGCCGUCUCCUCGUAUACCCCGUCCUUAUCGGCCCACGUCCGCGCUUGUCGCUCGCAAAAGCGCAGGUCACACGCUAUGCCCCAGAAUGCCUUGAUCAUCACGCAGCCCGCCACACCUGGGUUUGCGCCAAUCCAGAAGACCGCUGUCGAGGGCGCGCGGGUUCACGAGAUACUCUCCGAGGUCGGCGUCGAGUGCACUGCGCUUGACGGCACAGAUGCUACCGUAUCGUCCGUUAAGUCUAGCAUGGACCAUAGUCCUUGGGUGCAUAUAGCUUGCCAUGGUUUCCAACAUCGCUUCGACCCGACUCUGAGCGGUUUCGCGCUCCAAGAUGGCAUCCUGACGCUCAACAUGCUCAUGAGCGUCAUGGCAGACGAUGCUGAGCUCGCGUUCCUCUCUGCGUGCCAAACCGCCACUGGAGACGAGAAGCUAUCGGACGAGUCGGCGCAUCUCGCGGCUGGCAUGAUCGCCGCAGGGUUUAGGGGCGUCGUGGCUACGAUGUGGUCGAUCCAAGACGCUGACGCGCCCGUCGUUGUCGAAGCGUACUAUAGAAGGUUGAUCGAACUCAGGAAGGCCGGAGUCGUACAAGAGUACGAGACCGGGGCUGCCUAUGCGUUGCACGAGGCAGUAAAGAAGUUGAGAGAGUCCAAGUCGGUUGGUGAAGGAGCCUUUAUCAGAUGGGUUCCAUUUGUGCAUUUCGGCGUCUAG